AUGAAGCUGGAGCUCCCAUUUUCAAAAAUGAAUGUUUCUGAAAUCUCAGAACAGCCUCAAAGCCUCGGGGAAAACGGAGGAGCGCCCAGCCCCACCCCACCGCCCCCACCGCGGCCACCUCCUGAAAGCCCAGCCCGCUCCACCCGCCGCCGCAGGUCGUUUGGGCUUGCCCGGCGCGCUAGCCGCCCUAAGACCCUGGGUCUCCGCGGCUCGAACCAGUCUGUCGGGCGGUUCUGCGUGGGGAUGCUCCAAAUCACUAAACCACAACACAGAACCCAAGCUUGGACUCUGAACCAAGCCCUUUUGCCUAGUUUUCUCUUUCCCCGUUUCGCCAGAAUCCUCACCACCCCUCGUCACAGCCUCGUCACAGCCUCGCCCCAGCCUCGGGGUCCUCUGCAGCCACCUGCGCGUGUACGCUAUUGUCACGCAGUAAGGAGGGGCUGCAAGGCGCUCAGCCCACCAGGCACUCCAGGGAGAGACCGAAACUACAACUCCCAUCACGCCCCACAGCCUGUUCCCUCCUCCUCCUUCCCUCCCCCCUCCUCCCUCGGCCAGCGGCCGGGAGGCUCUGGGCUUUUAUCUGCGGACCGGCGGGAGGGAGUCAGGUCCCCGCGAUCUUCCCCGACCCGAGCGAUCUGCCCAGCGGCGGCGGCGGCGGCUCUUAGCCGGGUUUUGCCUCCGCGUCCCCGCCAGCCCCGAACCCGCGGGGGCAGACGGUCCGUCCGCGCGUGCGAGAGGAUGGUGAUCCGCGUGUUCAUUGCCUCCUCCUCGGGUUUCGUGGCGAUAAAGAAGAAACAGCAGGAUGUGGUUAGAUUUCUGGAAGCCAACAAGAUAGAGUUUGAGGAGGUGGAUAUCACAAUGUCAGAAGAACAAAGACAAUGGAUGUACAAAAACAUCCCCCCAGAAAAGAAGCCUGCUCAGGGCAAUCCUCUGCCACCUCAGAUAUUUAAUGGUGACCGAUACUGUGGAGAUUAUGACAGUUUUUUUGAAUCAAAGGAAAGCAACACAGUCUAUUCGUUCUUAGGCCUGAAAUCACGAUUGGCAUCAAAGACAGAAUCUUAGAGAAGACAAGUGGAAGAUGACGGAGAUGCAUUUUGGAGCACCCCCUGGUACUCAGCACACACCUGCUUACCUAAUGCAUCACUGUGACUAAAGCCACAUGCAUCAUCAGUAACUUUGCUUGCCAUGGAGAGGUGUUUUAGGAAGACAUGGGUAUAAUGGGGGAUUGCAUGAUUGCUUAAAACCAAAUCAGGACUGUGGUGGGUUUUUUGUUAUUUUCAGAAUUGCCUGCAGCUGCCUCAUUCACCUGGCGGUACUAGAUUUUACCUGUUACAGGUGUGCUUCCUUAAUGGCUGAAAAAUAAGUGGGUGGGACCACUGGAGAGAAAAUGUUGGAUCUGCCCCGGGCUGUAUUUGAUGCCAGUAUUGCUCAGACUGGCCUCUCUUUAAGCUGCCUGGAUUGUAUCCUCGAAAUUAGUUUGCCAGGCUAUUAGAAAUCUUUUGAUCAGAAAGAAAGAUUUGCUGAUUGACAAAGAGCUGAAAAAUUUGCUGCAAAAUCACAAAUGUCACGAUUCUGGUGCUUUGUAAUAGCACCUAUAGAAAAAGUUAGAUGUUCUGGCCGCCUUUGGUGAUGGACACUCUUAUUUCCAUAAAUCCUCCAAAUUCCUACAAAUGUUUCCAAAAAUCACUGCUGCAACAAUGUGUGAUCGGGACCGAGUUACAGGGAUAAAAAUAGUUGCUAUUUUGUAAAAGAUAGGCUUCUUUAUCUCUUGCAAGAGAAAAAUUUCAUUUAAAUAUAUAAGACAGCUUAAAAGGUAUAUUUUAGAAGGUGUACAAAUUAAUUAGAUAGUAAAUUUAUAGGGAAAUUACCUGACUCCUAUCUGAAGGGAUUUUCAGCUCUAGCAACUUAUUUAUGCAUAAAUAGCAUAUUUUUAAAUGCAGCUUCCCUAACUAAUAGCUGCUUAUUCUAUUUUGUGAAUGGAUUAUAUUUUUUUGAGAAAAGGAAGAUCUUGAUUGGAUAUAUUUUGUGAACCCUUGAUGAGGUUUACUAAAAGAUACUAAUAUUGUGGUACAAUUUUUUUCCUGUGUUGCUUUUCAUUGAACCUCUAGCUUUGCUCACAUAUCUGACCAAUGUACGGUCCCAGAUUUUUCAGAGUAAUGUAGAUACAUGUUCUCAUUCCAUAUAUGGCUUCCAGUGGGCUUUCAGUGUAUAUGAGAAAGAGGCUGUCAGAGAGUAGCUCUGAAUUGUACGUGGCAUGUAAAAUCUCUACUCCCUUUGGAGUGGAUGCUGAACAUGUCUACUCCGUUAGGGCAGAGGCUGCUUUUCUCCAUCCUUAUCCCUGCUUACAGUCUUUAGAGUUUUUAAUUGCCAAACAUAAGCAGUCUUAAAUAGGAUAAAUUCCAAGAGGGCUGCCUAAAAUAUCCUGCUGUUCUAAGCAUCCCAAUGCAGGACUUGUUGGUCAGAUUCUGAGCAGGAUGUAAGAAAUUGAAAGAAUAGAAGAAAGCCCUGUCACAUGUGUUGUUUCAUCCUCCAACUAACUAAAUGUGGACUACUCUAAAGGACUUGUUGAAUGCUAAAGCUGAAAUCCCAGCCUGAGAUUUGCAGCCCAGGACUACAACCAGAAGAAAAGCAUGCCACAGAUUUCUACUUGACUAGAACAAAUACAUGAUCCACGAUUUUCUCUCCAAGGAAAACUGUUGUGAAAUUAUGGGUAUUACUGUUUAGUUGGCAUUAUUAAACAAGUUCCAGGUCAUAUUCCGUUUGCUAAAUCCCAGGGACUAUCCAGGAAACUUUUUUUUCAACUGGAUACUGUGUUUGAGUAAAUGAGUCUUCUGAUAAGACCUAGACUUUCAUUUUCAGAUAUCAACAAUUUUCAAAGUUUAAUGCUACAGUGAGCUAACUUACAUUAGUCUUCUCUUCCCAGUGAGUGCUAAGAACCAACUUGGUAAGAUUGAGGGAAAUUCUGGGGUUGUGGGAUCAACAUGAUAUUUGCUAGACUAAGACAGCUACUCACGUUUGUUCAUCUUGAAACUUUUGAAUUACUGUGGUCACAGUAGGACCAGAAUGGCUCUCCCGAACGGACUAGAUGGAUAGUAGUGCUAAAUUGCUACCAGUUACACAUCAUCUAACGCUCACCCCGCCUUUUUUUUUUUUUUUUUUUUUU